AUGUCCUCAAUGAGCUCCUCCUACUCCUCUCCUGCCUCCCUGCUGGUUGAUCCUUUAGCCAAUUGUCCGUUGAUAGGACGUCACGGUCCUUCCUCAUUGUACCGUAUCGAUCCUAUCAAUCCUAUUGGCUUCAUGGUUUCUAGUCAUGCUCGUGGCGUUCCUGCUAUUUUAGGCAACUUUUCGCUGGACUCCGCAGCCCAGAAGGUCGCAUCUCCGGCGUUCCGCAGAUUAUCACGUGACCUCUACCGUUCCCUCAUCCUUUCGACCCUGUUGUCCGCGAUGAACUCCACCUGUCUCACCUCCCCGAUAGUUGAUCAUGAAGCCAGUCAGGCGGUAUUACGGUUGUGA